AGGGGCUGGGCCUGCGGCCGACCGCUUGGGCCGCGUGUGCCCUGGGCGCAGAUGCCCCGGUGGAUUCAAGGGGUUGAUUUGGGGGAACCUCCUGGCUUCUCCCCUCUGCCUAGAGGGGCCCCUGCUGGCGCUGGGCAGCCGGCAGAGGGGGUGUAUGUUGGGUUUGCUGCCUCCGAGCUCACACCCGCUCCCAUCCCUGCCGCUUCCUGCCCACCCCCCUUCCCGGCGCCGGAAGGGUCCAACCUUUGUCCCUGUUCAGGCCGGACCCAGACCACCUGCAGCCGGUGCCAGAGGAACCUGUCACUCCAGACCUCCGUCAAGGGGCUGUACGUCUUCUGCGUCUUGCUGAUCGUCGCCGUGACGGUGCUGGCGUCCCUGGUUUUUAAGAAGGUCAAUUCUAUUGCCGAUGACAUCAACUCAGCCCAGACUUACUAUGAGAAGAAGAUCGUGUCUGUCCAGGAAAACCUCCAACAGCUUGGUGAGUGUUCAGAUCCCCACGGAGCUCCGACCCCGUUAUGUCUCCUGGCCGUGGCCGGCAAACCCUCGGGCAGCAGGGUGGACCUUGGGGUGCAGGAGUUUGCAUGCCUGCGGGCCACCUCGGCCAAGACGGGCGAGCUGGUGAAGAGCAUCCAGGCCAGCACGAGCGCGGCCUCGCAGCGCAUCAGCCAGAACGCGGAAGGCAUGCACGACCUGGUGCUGCAGGUGAUGGGGCUGCAGCUGCAGCUGGACAAUAUCUACUCCGCCCUGGACGACCCCGAGGAGACAGCCCACGACCUGCACGCCCGGCUGGACUUCGCCAUCCGCAACCUCUCCGUGGUCAUGGAGGAAAUGAAAGGGGUGGACGUGAGACACGGGCAGAUCCUCCGCAACGUCACCGUCCUGCGAGUCUUCGGCAGCCUGCGGGCCACCUCGGCCAAGACGGGCGAGCUGGUGAAGAGCAUCCAGGCCAGCACGAGCGCGGCCUCGCAGCGCAUCAGCCAGAACGCGGAAGGCAUGCACGACCUGGUGCUGCAGGUGAUGGGGCUGCAGCUGCAGCUGGACAAUAUCUCCUCCGCCCUGGACGACCACGAGGAGAACGCCCACGACCUGCAGUACCACGCCCGCUACGCGCAGAACCGCACGGCGGAGCGCUUCGAGACCCUGGAGGGGCGCAUGGCCUCCCACGAGAUCGAGAUCGGCACCAUCUUCGCCAACAUCAACGCCACGGACAGCCACGUGCACAGCAUGCUCAAGUACCUGGACGACGUGCGGCUCGCCUGCACCUUGGGCUUCCACGCCCACGCCGAGGAGCGGGACCACCUGAACAGUGUACCUGGCCUGCCAGGACCCAGAGGGCUCAAAGGCGACGUCGGGGUGAAGGGGCCCGCAGGCAGCAAGGGGGAGAAGGGUGACGCUGGGGGGCUGGGCUCUCCCGGCCCCCAGGGGUCCAGAGGCCCUCCCGGUAUCCCCGGCCCCGAAGGCGAGAGGGGCCCUGUUGGCUUGAAGGGCUUGCCAGGCCUCAAAGGCACCAAGGGCAGCUUCGGGCUGGCAGGACUCAAAGGACAGGUGGGCCUGAAAGGCGACGUGGGCCCUCAGGGGCCAGAGGGCACGCCGGGGCCGGUGGGGCCAGCGGGGCCACAAGGGAAGCCAGGGAUCCCAGGGAAGCCCGGGCCUCCAGGCCAAAUUGGGCUGACGGGUCCCAAGGGAGACCCCGGCGUGAGGGGGCUCCCAGGCGUACCGGGGCCCCCGGGCGUCUAAGCCACCCCUGCCUUGCGGGC